CUCCUUGCCACUUCCCUUCCCUUCUCUAGUUGCUCCCACCUGACCCAGGGGGGGGGCAUGUCUGGAUUACAGGCCAGGCCCCUCCCUCCGCCAGGACCAGCGUCACCGGACUCCAGCUUUGACACACGAUCCUCCAGGCGCAGCGGAGCGCCGUGGCAGCCCCCAGCAGCCGAAAGCAGAGCCAGCCGACGGUGAUGGAGUCUCCGGAGGCGGAGGCGGCCCCCAACCUGGUGGCCUUUGCCGGCAGGUGUACCUUGCACGGCAUCCGCCACGUCUUCCUGGCGGGGCCCCUGACGCCGCGCCGCACGGCCUGGGCCGCGGCUGUCCUGGCCGCCCUGGGGAUCGUCCUGUACCAGGUGGCCGAGCGGAUUCAGCAUUACGCCGCGUACAGCCACGUCACGGCGCUGGAGGAGGAAGAGGGCCGACGGCUGACCUUCCCGGCCGUCACGUUCUGCAAUGUCAACUGGGUCCGGCGCUCCCGGCUGACCCCCAGCGACCUGCACUGGGCGGGUCGAGAGCUGCUGGGCGUGGAGCGGUCUGACCACCCGGCGUACGACUGAGCGAUGGGUUGGCCCGACCCCGAGGCCCCCCGUGCCGUCCCCAGCAGGAGCUUCAACACUCGGGAAUUCGUGGAGCGCACGGGCCACGCCUUGGAGGACAUGCUUCUGCGAUGCCGCUUCGGGAACCGGGUCUGUGGCGCCGGGAACUUCAGCCCUGUGAGUGCUCCUGGCUUCCGCUCCGGGGCCACCCCUUGGCUGCAGAGCAACCCCUCCCCCUAUUGUUUCGGGCCUCCGUGCCAGGUGGCUGGCGCUGCUGUGCCCCGCUUUAGCCAU